AUGGACCAACAAAUCAAGAACGAGAAGCCUGCUCCGCUCAAGAUUGUUAUCUGCGGAGGAGGAAUCGCUGGCUUUGCAGCAGCACUACUCUUACGUGAAGAACACGACGUUCUGGUCCUUGAGUCUUCAUCAUCCAACGAGGAGCUGGGUGCCGCCAUCACGCUCUCCAUCAAUGCGACCCGACUUUUGAGAAGAAGUUUCGCGCGCGCAGGUUUCGACAAAGAUCUCGCCCAUUAUGUCGAAGCUGAAAAGGUUGAGGAAAACCCUACCCCUUUCGCUGGUUACACUUGUUUCCAAGAGCUCCAUUGGAAGGACCUCUCAGUGCUCCUGGAAUGGCCAAUCAGGGCUGUUACCCAGAAGUAUGGUGAGCCGUGGUGGUAUUUCUCUCGCAAGGACGUCCACGCCGAACUUAAACGCGCUGCACUCUCCGCAGAUGGCUUAGGAACGACACCUCGCUUAAAGACUGGCGCCCACGUCGAAAGAGUCGACUCGAAAACUGGUUCAGUCUUCCUCAAGUCCGGAGAAUCCUACAAGGCUGACCUCAUCAUCGGCGCGGAUGGGAUUCGGUCUGCGAGUGGCAAUUCAGUGUUUGGCAAGCUCGACACAACACCGGAGGGCCUGUCGGCAUAUCGCUGCAUGAUCCGGACAGAGGAGUUGAGGAAGAAUCCUCAGACACAGGUUUUGACUGACAGUGCAAAAGUGCUCAUGGUGAUUGGUCCCGACAGAAGGAUCGUUGUGUACCCUUGCUCGAGCUGGGACUGGAUGAACUUUGUGUGCAUCUAUCCAGACACUAGCGACCGACGGCUUCAGUGGACUAGUGAAGUCGAGGUACAAGACAUGGUGGAAAAGUUCAAGGGAUUUCAUCCUUCCAUUGUUGCAGCCUUAUCGAUGGCUUCCAAUGCGGGAGUCUGGCAGCUGCGGCAGCGCGUGCCUUUACCGACGCUGGUUAAGGAUUGUUACGCGCUGGUAGGAGAUGCAGCGCAUGCAAUGGGCCCACAUCAAGGCCAAGGCGCCUGUCAAGCCAUAGAGGACGCAGAAGCUCUUCGCAUAGCCUUGAGUGGUGCCUCGAGUGACGAUGUUGCAUUGCGACUCAAGAUAUACGACGAGUUGCGCCUCCCGCGCAUCACCAAGGUCAUGAAGAAUACGGAAGCAAUGGCUCCGCGGGCCACAAACUCGAAGGAGGUCGAGUUCAAGACUACGCAGACAUACAGUGAAUACCACUGGGGCUAUAAAGUGGCUGAAGAAGCGGUGGAUCUCAUGCGUGCGCAUGGACUGGCCUUGAAGAUCCUCAACGACGCGACUGGAGAGGUUGGAUUUGAAUGA